AGGUUCCUCAUAUAACACACAACAAUCUACCUUUCUACUCUCACAAAUCAAUCAACUGAGACAGCUAUGAAGUCCCAAAUGAAGAAAAAGAGAGUAACCCCUAUUCCCAAUACUCCUUGCAACGCCAGCGAUCAUAUUUGCAUCAACCCGGUUUGCUUCUUCUGCAGCAUGGGAGAAGCAGAUGCAUCUCUCAGAAGGGCUGGAAUAACGACCUGCUUCAAACAAUUAUUUCAGGGAGAGAAUCAUGAACAGCACGUGCUGGUGCUCAGUGGACUGUGGCACAUUGCAAUGACCCAACCCAGCGACCCAGAGUUCCCUUCCUUCGGAAUAUUCAAGUGCAUGGCAAGUCUAAUCCACAAAGGGAUAAACGACAGCCACUGGCUUCUCACAAAUCAAAACAUAUACAUACCCUAUUACGCUGCUCACAUCAUUGGCUCUUACACGAUGAACAAGGAGGAGUUUGCACAACUGGCCGUCCAAUCAGGAGUGAUACCGCCAUUGCUAGACCUUCUCAGGGGGAAGAUCAGUUGGGUUGAGCAAAGAGUUGCUGUUAGAGCACUUGGUCACUUGGCCAGUUACAAAAGCACGUUUGAAUCAGUAGUACUGCACGAGCAAGAGGUAGUGAAGCUGGCCUUGAACUUGGCUUCCACUUGUUUAGAAGUGGUCUAUGUUGACUUCGUAGCUGUGAAGGAAAACAAAAGGCUGGAGUAUCACAGAAACUUGCUCACAAGAGGGGUUGGGGAUUUGGAGAUGGAGAAUCGCAAGGCAGAGGAAUGGGCUAGCCAGCUUCAGUGUUGGUCUCUUUAUCUUCUGAACUGCUUUGCUUGCAAAGAUAGGGCUCUGGAUCUCAUAUGCAAGAAGGGGUUUCUCAAGGACUUGUGUGAUAUGUGGGGAGGGAUGAUAAAUCACACUUCACCAGCAGGGGUUGGACUGAUACGAAUCUUGUGUUAUAGUAAAGAAGGAAGGAAAAACAUUGCUCAGUUACCCAAAGUUGUGAAUGCUCUAGGUAACCUUUCAAGAUCUUCAGAUGAUUGGCAGUAUAUAGGUAUUGAUUGUCUCCUUCUCCUUCUCAAGGAUCCAGAUACGAGGUACAAAGUUCUUGAUGUUGCCGUCCCUUACCUGACUGAUUUAAUUGAACUUAAAAACCUUGGAGAUAAAUCAAACGUGGGUGAGACCAUCACAAAGGUUCUUCUGAAUUUGAAACCUAGCAGACAAAAGGUUGGAGCAGUAUUGCAAGAAGUGAUGGAUUUGAAAGUGGAUAGGAGGGACCAGGAGAAGGUACUCUCGGAGGAAAACAUGGAGGAAGCAAAGGCUUUGGUGAGUUUGAUAAAACAACAAGCGAAUCACAAGUUCAGGUUGGGAAAGGUUGAAGAAGCUUUGGUGAAAUACUCCGAAGCUCUUGGUGUUUGUCCCUUGAAGUUUAGGAAAGAGAGAAUGGUGAUUUACAGUAACAAAGCUCAGUGUCAUAUUUUACUGAAGGACGCAGAUUCAGCUAUCAGUGACUCAACGCGUGCUCUUUGCCUAUCCAACCCUGCAAACAGCCAUAGGAAAAGCCUUUGGAGAAGAUCACAAGCAUAUGACAUGAAAGGAAUGGCAAAAGAGAGUCUCAUGGACUGCAUAAUGUUCAUGAACAGUAGCAUCAAGUCGGGUUGUGAGAACAUGCGUGUCAAGAUUCCAUACCACCCUGCGCGCCUGAUCUGCAAGCACAUGGAUGCCACGUGGCUCUUUGCCACUGCUCGCUCCAGGCUAGAAAAAUCAAUGCAAGAAUUGAACCAAGUUGGCGGGCAUGAUCAGAACCAAAAGCAACCAUGUGAUGAUAAUAAGACCAUGAUGACGAUGAUAGAAAAUACAAACAGUCACAUGCACGGUCUGUCAACCAUUAUUGAAGAACCUUUCCACGCGAAAGAAGGUGGUGGUAGGAGAAAGAUGGAAAGGGCGAGAAGAAGAUUGAAGAAAGGUGGUGCGGGCGGAGCAACUUAGGUCAAUUUUAAUGGCUUGUUAGAUGCGAAGGAAGAGAAUCAUGUGCCACCCAGCUAGGUCCCUUAUUUUGGCCACUAGGUUAAACUUACACAUAUAAAUACUUUCUUUUAAAUACAUUCUUUUGUGUACUUUAAUUUGUGAGGUUAUUAAUAUGUGAGUGGCAGGUAAGAAAUGGAACCAAAAUGACUCUAAUAAUGUAUUUUUUACAUAUGACAAUGGAAAAUGGAGUAGUACGUAA